CCCCUUUUUCCUUCCUUGUCUCCCUCUAUUCUCUCCCUCUCGCGCUCUCUAUUCUGUGAGUCGAGUCGGCUCGAGCAUCACCGCGCUUCUCCACGCACACACACACACACACACACGGUCUCUGUCUGUGCUGUCAGCUCGCGAAGCGUUGCGGGAGAUGAUGAUGAUGAUGGUGAGGAUGAUGUUUUCAGCGCGAGCGAAAUAGCGACUUGCUGGAUACGCGGUGCGCGUCUCCUCCGGCGCGCGCGACUCUCUCUCUCUCUCUCUCUCUUUACCGCACCGAUCUCCUGAGAGCUGAGGGUCACAGCUGUCCGUGCACACACACCAAAAAAACACCAACAACAACAACAACAACGAAAAAACCAUCAAGCUGAAGAAGAAUUUCUAAUCGCAAACGGAGGGAGAGUCUUUCGGCUGCAGGAUUUAAAAGAAAGAAAGAAAGAAAGAAAGAAAGAGAAGAAACACGGCUGCAGGGUUCGACUGCGCGCGCGGCUUGACACGCAAAACCCCUCCAUAAGAUGUGGUAUGAUUGUCAGAGGAGAACUCCAUGGCUCUGAGGUGUGUCAGACUGAGCCCUAGUAGACACAUGGAACAGAAGUCAUUGGGGUCAAGGGGGGUCAUGUGGGCAACACAACUACUCUUCCUUUUUGCCUUCUUCACACCUGCUACACUGGUGUUGAGUCGUGCUCCUGUGCCCAUGGCCGUGGUUCGCCGUGAGCUCUCGUGUGAGGGUUACCCCAUCGAGCUGCGUUGCCCAGGCACCGACGUCAUCAUGAUCGAAAGCGCCAAUUAUGGACGCACAGACGACAAGAUUUGUGACUCAGACCCCGCUCAGAUGGAGAAUACACGUUGCUACCUGCCUGAUGCCUACAAGAUCAUGGGCUUUAGGUGUAAUAACAGGACCCAGUGCGCAGUGGUUGCAGGCCCAGGUUUUCCCGAUCCGUGUCCUGGAACAUACAAAUACCUGGAGGUUCAGUAUGAGUGUGUGCCAUACAAAGUGGAACAGAGAGUCUUCCUGUGUCCAGGUUUAUUAAAAGGCGUGUACCAGAGCGAACACCUUUUCGAGUCGGACCACCAAUCCGGCUCUUGGUGCAAAGACCCGCUGCAGUCUUCGAAUAAGAUUUACUACAUGCCCUGGACGCCAUAUCGUACUGACACUCUCACUGAAUAUUCAUCCAAAGAGGAUUUUAUCGCAGGACGUCCUACUACAACCUAUAAACUCCCACAUCGUGUUGAUGGCACUGGCUUUGUCGUGUACGAUGGGGCUUUGUUCUUUAACAAGGAGCGUACACGCAACAUUGUCAAGUUUGACUUGCGCACUCGGAUCAAAAGCGGCGAGGCGAUUAUCGCCAACGCCAAUUACCACGACACGUCUCCGUAUCGCUGGGGAGGGAAGUCCGACAUUGACCUAGCUACAGAUGAAAACGGCCUGUGGGUGAUCUAUGCCACAGAGCAGAACAACGGGAAGAUCGUUGUGAGCCAGCUCAACCCGUACACACUCCGAAUUGAGGGGUCCUGGGACACAAUGUACGACAAGCGCUCUGCCUCUAACGGCUUCAUGAUCUGUGGAGUCUUGUACGUUGUAAAGAGCGUGUACGAAGACGAUGAUAAUGAAGCAUCAGGGAAUAAAAUCGACUACAUGUACAGCACAGAAAAGAGUCGCGGAACGAACAUAAACAUCCCGUUUCCGAAUUCUUACCAAUACAUCGCAGCAGUGGACUACAAUCCGAGAGACAAUCUUCUCUAUGUGUGGAACAAUUAUCAUGUUGUUCGAUACUCGCUGGAUUUUGGCAACAACGACAACCGGGUGAAUUUCGAGCCUCCAUCCUCAGUCUUGCUUCCCGACCAGCUUUCUCCAGCACGAAGCUCCACCUCUCGUCCACACCCUUACACAGGAACGCUCCGCCCCCUUAUCACUACUACCACCACUACGACCAUGGCGCCGCCUCGUCGCCGUGACGAUGACAACUUCCUUCCUGAGGCACUGACCUCGCCUCCCUUGCUGGCCCGGACGCCACCUGUAAUCGACUACUGCAUGGCACGCAUCGCAGCUGAGCUGUCAUGGCCUCAGACUCAUCGGGGUCAUAUUGCCAAGCAACCGUGCCCACCUGGCACCAUCGGUGUGGCCACAUACACCUGUGUGAUGGGCUACUGGGAUCCCAAGGGCCCGGACAUGAGCAACUGCACCUCACCGUGGACCAAUCAUUUUACUCAGAGAAUGAGGUCAGGAGAGACGGCUGCAAUCGUCGCACGCGAGUUAGCCGAGCAGACAAAGACGGCGGUGUUGCGUCCCGGAGACGUCCCAUCCACCGUCAGAGCAAUGGCCCAGCUGGUGGAACUGUUAGAUGUGCAGCUGAGGAACCUCACUCCUGGAGGGAAAGACACAGCAGCACGCAGCCUUAACAAGCUCCAAAAGAGAGAACGAUCCUGCCGAUUCUUUAUUCAGGCGAUGGUGGAGACGGUGAAUAACCUGCUGUGUGGGCGCGCUCAGCCUGCGUGGAAGGCGCUGUCAGUGAUGGAUCAGCUGCGCUGUGCCACCAUGCUUCUGGACACAGUGGAGACGGCUGCCUUCAUGCUCGCCGACAACCUGCUCAAGACUGACACCAUCCAGGAGAACACCGACAACAUCCAGUUGGAGGUGGCACGGCUCAGUACCGACAUGAUGCAGACAGAUCUGAGGUUUCCUCAGUCGGAAGCUUCAGGAAACUUCAUCCAAAUCCCAGUAAAAACUCUGAAACAACAAGGACGCAAUGGUGAGAUCCGUAUGGCUUUGGUUCUGUAUAGGAAUCUGGGUCAGUAUUUGUCCACAGAGAAUGCCAGCGUUCGGCUUGGAAGCGAAGCUGCUUACCCCAACUACUCGCUCAUCGUCAACUCGCCCGUAAUAACAGCAGCAAUAAACAAGGACAGCAACAAAAUCUACUUGUCUGAACCUGUUCGCUUUGUUGUCAGCCACUUGCAGAAGUCAGAGUCAAACUUUAACCCGAAUUGCUCAUUCUGGAGCUACUCCAAACGCACCAUGACGGGCUACUGGUCUACUCAGGACUGUAGGCUGGGGGACACAAACAGCACACACACCUCCUGCUCCUGCACACAUCUCACCAACUUUGCAGUGCUCAUGGCUCAUGUGGAGGUCAAGAAGGCAGAUCAGAUGCAAACAACCUUGUUGGAUAUGAUCACAUGGGUGGGGAUCCUGCUUUCGCUUGUCUGCCUGCUCAUCUGCAUCUUCACCUUCUGCUUCUUCCGUGGCCUGCAGAGCGACCGCAACACCAUCCACAAGAACCUGUGCAUUUCACUUUUCAUCGCCGAGACACUCUUCCUCGUCGGCAUCUACCGUUCAGACCAGCCUAUUGCAUGUGCAGUGUUUGCCGCUCUGCUUCACUUCUUCUUCCUGGCUGCGUUCACAUGGAUGUUUCUGGAAGGUGUGCAACUCUACAUCAUGCUGGUGGAGGUGUUUGAGAGCGAGUAUUCUCGAACCAAGUAUUUUUACCUUACUGGCUAUGGUGUACCAGCGCUCAUUGUGGCUGUGUCCGCUGCCGUCGACUACCGCAGCUAUGGCACGAAUCAUGUGUGCUGGCUACGGUUAGACACCUACUUUAUCUGGAGUUUCAUUGGUCCUGCAACGCUCAUUAUAAUGCUGAACGUCAUCUUCUUGGGCAUUGCACUUUACAAGAUGUUCCACCACACUGCUAUUCUGAAGCCUGACUCUGGUUGCCUGGACAACAUCAAAUCAUGGGUGAUUGGUGCAAUCGCUCUGCUGUGUCUACUUGGCCUGACUUGGGCUUUCGGUCUUAUGUACAUUAAUGAGAACACGGUGAUCAUGGCCUACCUCUUCACCAUCUUUAACUCCUUGCAAGGGAUGUUCAUCUUCAUUUUCCACUGCAUUCUGCAGAAGAAGGUGCGGAAGGAGUACGGCAGGUGCCUUCGGACACACUGUUGCAGUGGGAAGAGUGUUGAGUCAACCAUUUCAACCUCCACCAAGACCAGCACAGCACGGACACCUGGACGCUACUCUACGAACUCACAGAGUCGUAUUCGGAGGAUGUGGAACGACACAGUGAGGAAGCAGUCUGAGUCGGCUUUUAUCACGGGAGACAUCAACAGCUCAGCUACUCUGAACAGAGGUACUAUGGCUAACCAUCUCAUCUCUAAUGCCUUGUUGCGUCCUCAUGGCACUAACCCUUAUAACACAUUGCUGGGAGAAUCUGCAGUGUACAAUAACCCCCCUGCAAACAUGUUCAACACACAAGCCUCCUACAGAGAUUCAAAAGGCAUGCUGAACAAUGUGCGAGAUGCCAGUGUCAUGGACACACUACCGCUCAAUGGCAACCAUGGUAACACCUACAGCGACUACCUCACAUAUGGCUCGUCCUCACCAACUACACUGGAAAAGAAGAUCCUGAAGGAGCUGACAGCCAACUACACAUCCACGUACCAUCCCAGCACUAAGCUUGCCAACCACGUCGCCAACGGAGCCGUCCCAAGUCCGGCGAGUACAGCAGGCAUCAACCGCGAUGACGAGAGCGCUGCUGCUGUCGCCUUGGGAAUCUCCAGAGAGGAUGAGAACAACGCCCGCACUGCCCUGAGCUUGGAGAUCAUCAGGGAGGAGUCUCAGGCACCUCUCCUCCCACCUAGACCUCCUCCUCCAGAUGGACACCCCCCAUUACACACAUUCUCCACCCACCGGCGCCUUCCUCAGGAGAAUAAUGAGAGUUUUUUUCCUCUACUGAAGAACGAGACGCACUCAUCUCAUGUGCUCAGAGACUCGUUAUACACCAGCAUGCCAACUCUCACCGACCACCCACACGGUACCAGUGACAUCAACGGCAUCCGCGACGAGGAUGAAGAUGAGGAGGAAGAGGAGGAGGAAGAGGAGGAAGAGGAGGAGGAGGAGGAGGAAGAGGAGGAAGGGAGCGAGCUGCAUUUGGCCAAUGGGAAAGGAGUCAUGGCAGAUGCGGAUGAUGUAUAUUACAAGAGCAUGCCUAAUCUGGGCUCACGAAAUCACAUUCAGGAACUGCAGAGCUACUACCACAUGGGCCGCGGAGGAAGUGAUGGAUUCAUUGCAGCACCAGAAAAGGACGAGUCAUCACCCGAAGAGCAGCCUCAAGACCCCUCGCACUUGGUCACAAGCUUAUAAGCACAUAUACACACACACACACACACACACACACAUAUUUUGAGUGUGUUUGUGUGUGUGUGUAUGUGUAUGUGAUAUGCAAUGCACAAGGCACGGGAACCACUACCUACUGCACUGAUCAAUCCCUAGACAAACUGAUAGCAGAUAGCUGCCCAUAAAAACCAAUGACAGGAACCCAGAGUCAGUUAGCACUAGGAAAAAAGGACCAGGUAGUGUAACUUUCAGUUAGGACUAGUACCAACAAAUUCGAAAUAUUCAGCGUGGUUUACCAGAUGUUGUCAGAUGUACAAAACCAUCAGCCAUUUUGGAAGGGAAGGAAUGUACCGAUUGACACCGUGUCCAUCAGAAGCCACGUAUUCCAGUGAGACAAGUGUAUCUAUUACUCUGUCACUUCUCCCUUUUACACAACUUUUGCCCAACUGCUGUCUGGCCAUAAAUCCUCUGGAUUGUCCUGUGUGAAUAAUAAAAAAAUAAAACGAUAGCGACAGACUAGUUGCCAUUUUAGAUGAUUAUCUAUGUUGACAGACACCGACCUGGACCUUGAACUUGAUCUUGAACUAUAAUCCUCUACCCAUGAUAUGGCUAGACUUCGGGGUGAAGAUCCUUUGCUGCACACAUUCCUUUCUUCCUGUUUAACACUGAUUACUGUUGUAUACCGAAUAUCACAUCAUGGCAAAGCAUUUAAUCCUUAAGACUUAAGGACAUGUUUUAUUGUUUCUUACUUUUAUUUUUCAGUAAUAUCAGUUAUCGAGAGGUAAUACGCACUAAUAACUAAAGAAACAGGAUUUCUAUGUGACAUGUACAGAACCCCUUUGCAUCACAUAUCACAUGCACCUCAUAGUUUUGAUAAAAUGUUUAUUUUUUUUUCUCUGCAUAUGUGUUUGUGUAGAUGUAGACCAAUUCAAAAACUGUGCUGGUCCUCUGCACUAUUACUCUCAUUUAUGACUAGGAGCGACCAUCCAAAUCCCCAUUACGUACACUGACACAUUUUCACACAUACCUACAUUCACAUAUGACACAUAUAUUCACAGACAUGCAACCACACACUCCUUAUUUAUCUUAUUUAUCAUCCAGUAACCACUCUUCUUGUUUUAAAGCAUUGUGCACUCUGAUUUUAAUUUCAAUGGAAAGCAUAUUGUCAAUUUUGGCUAAAAAAAAAAAGAACGAAACGAUGGCUUUAAGACCUGCAGGUUGAAUGUGUCCUUUUCCAAACUGCUCCAGUUAUUGCAGAUUAUAAUAAUUAUAAUCAAGCAUUGAAAAGUAAAAAGUCACAAUAUACCCUACAUUCAGAACAUCUACUAUUGUCUGUUUAGCUUCCAGGUCUUUCUUGUUGUGUGUAGGGCCUCAGAAAUUCUACUGAUUGGAAUAAAUGUACGUUAUAUAGAAUAUCUGCAAGUAAAAAAAAGCUAUUAAAAGAUUUGAUGUUGCUGAAGACAAAGUCAA